CAUAACCUCUUCGGCAAUGUAUUCACUACUUUUGUGGAGUGAUUUGUUAAUCAUUAUUAAUAACCUUCAAUUUUAACGGUAAUAUUUUGCAUCAGCCUUUUUAUUUCGUUUAAAAAUUAAAAACUACAAAGUUCUUUUAUAAUCGUGAAUGUUUCAGUUUUCGAAAUUAGUUUACGCAAAUUAAAUAAAUGUACACUACAUUUUCUUCUAAAACGUUUUGUGAAUAUAAACGGAAAAGCACCACAGUCGCUAUACCCACCGAAAAAUCGGUUGGGUGUUUUAAUCAAAAAACAAACCAUUGCUUUUGUCGAAAUUGAUCCGUUUGAAGUACAAACAGCUGAAGAUAAUAACUGAUUACAUAUUUACCCAUUCAAUAAAGAUAAAAUUCAAGAUACAAUGAGUUAAAUUAAAUCUCAGUUAGAUCUUAAAUAAUAUAUGUGGCCUUUCUUAUACGGCUGUUGUAAAGUUGCGGUGUGACGAUGUAAGGACAAUGGGGAAAGACAAGGAGUUCGUCCAUCCAGAUGGAGGUUAUGGGUGGAUUAUUGUAGUAUCAAUUGUUGUAAUAAAUUCGUCGCUAUUAACAUUAAUACAAUGUUUCGGAAUUAUAUUCAGAGACGAAUUUAAGGAAUGGAACAUCACUUCCGCUCAAACAUCAUUCCUUCUUCAUCUUCAGAGUUCUUUAUAUUGUUCUUUUGGAUUUUUCUGUAGCCCCUUACUAAAAAGAUAUUCAAUGAGAAUGGUUGCUUAUAUCGGUGCCACUCUAAUGUGCAGCGGUAUAUUUUUAAGUAGUUUUGCAACUUCAUAUACAUAUUUAAUGUUAUCGGUAUCCCUUCUGACUGGUAUCGGGCAAGGUAUUCUAAUGCCAGUGACUUAUUUAGCCACAUAUACAUAUUUCAAGAAAAGACUGACCAUAGCUGUAAGUUUAUCCGUAACUGGAGCUAGUAUUUCCUCUAUAGUAAUGCCAAAGAUUUGCGACUCUUUGUUGACUUACGGUGGGCGGAGAACGACAGUCUUGAUUUUAUUUGGAGUUUCCUUACUUUCAUUGUUGGCAUGUUAUUUGUUAAAGCCAAUCAAAAGUAAAAAAGCGACAGAAGAAGGAAUCCCACUGGAGAUUGAGGGUCAAAAUGGAGUCUCCAAAAAAAGCCAAGAAGGUUCUGAAGAAUUGCUAAAAACUCCAAGCAAUGAAGUGUACAAUACUACUACAAUACCUGCCAGAAAGCAAAGAAUCUGGACCAAAAUCUCUAACUUGUUUGAUCUACAAUUGCUGAAAGAUAUACCAUUUGUAUUGAUUAUAAUUGGCCUUGGUAGUUCAUUUGCAGCUGAAUUAAAUGUGAUAUUGAUGCUUCAGUUCAUUUUGAGGGAGCUAUCGGGCUUGACUAGAUCGGAGGUCGCGACUGCAGUGUCAGUACAGUCAGUUGCUGACAUUAUUGGUCGACUGGUGGUUCCAUUGUUAUCCCACACUUGUAAUGCGCCAUCGAAGGUGAUGUAUUGCGGCGCUUUGUUAAUUGCCUGUUUUGGAAGAUUAGUCCUUUCUUGCUUUAGUUAUUCCAAAACAGCAGUGUACAUUUCAAUCGCUAUUAUUGGCCUGACUAAAGGAUGCAGGGCAGUGUUUCAAUCCGUUAUAAUUCCAAAAUAUGUUACUUUGGACAAAAUUCCAGCAGCCACUGGUUUGCAUAUGCUGUUCACUGGGGCCGUCUCACUUAUAAUUGGACCUAUAAUAGAGGAGCAAUGGCGCGGAAGCUUGUACAAAAAUUUAGACUUUUUGAUGAGAUCAAAAAUUGACAAGCAGUCUUGGACUCGUAUUCUAAUGGGAGUAGAAAGACGCAAUGUGGCAGAAGGUAAAAAACUUGUUCCCCAGGAAUAUUGUAAGAUGAUAUGCACAUACAAAAGUUUUAUUAUACAUUUGACACGAGACGCGUAUACUUGUUUCAAAACUAGCAUUGUACUGUUUUAUAAACGUGACUAAC